UCGCCCGUGGUAAUAUCACCGAACCCGGUUUUCCAACCUAGACCGCUUCUCCUGUUUCAGAUAAACACGAACCGAAUCCAAUUUCCUCUUUUCGUCAUCAUCUUCUUCCUCAAAAUCUCUCAAAUCAAGCUUCAAUAACUGUAGAUUCGUUCAUACAACCUCUCCAAAUCAUCUAUUACACCUUCAAUUUCAUCAUCCUUCAUCAAUUUAUUAAGCAUUUUCAUUAAUUCAUGCAUCGAUCUCACUCAAUUUAGGGUUAGGGUUUGUUCUUCGAUUCCCAGAUUCAGACCUGUUAUCAUCCAAUCUAUUACUCUAGUCAAUCUUUGUGAUGUACUCUUGUGUCGUUGGUGAUUGAAUUUGUAGAAUUUAGAUUCUAGGGUUUUUGAAGCGCUCGCUUUUUGGGAAAGUUCGUUGGUUCUGUGAAUUUGUUGGGGGAUUAGGUUGUGAUGGGAACUAAACGUCCGUUUGACGAGAACCUUCAAGAGUUUGUUAAGUACCCGAAGCAUGUUGAAAAUGGGAAUAAACCUGUUUCAUUUGGUGAAGAGAAACAAUCUCCUGAACCACCUCAAAAUGUUAUGGUUGAAAACGUGUUUGAGAUCAGUGCUCCCUUACCAUCAGUCUCCAGCAUAACUGAUCGUGAAGAGGCGCCUGAGCCUGGGCUCGGGCCCACAUUUUGCCCAAAUCUUUUCUCGGAUUUUUUUGAAUUCAACAUGCCGAGGCGAUCACUGGUUCAUUUUGAUGAUACAUACGCGUCUUUAUUAAAUUGCUCACCGAGAAAAGAAGUCCCCAUUGGACCAGACCAUCAAGCUCAUGUUCCCAAAUUCGAUUCAGAUUCAGCUAGAAAUUACAUUACCGAGAUUUCGACGGGCGUUUUGGUCAUUUCCAAUCAAGAGGACGAGGCCGUGACUGUCCAAACAGAUUGCGAAUGCAUGGAUAACGGUUCUAUUAGAUGUGUGCAACAACACGUCAAUGAAGCCCGGUUGAAUCUAAAAGAAUCGUUAGGACUCGAGAAAUUCGUAAAUCUGGGAUUUAACACCAUGGGUGAGGAAGUCGCUUGUAACUGGACUGACGAAGAACAACAUUUUCAAGAUAUUAUUUACUCCAAUCCCGUUUCUCACGGUAAAAAGUUCUGGGAGGUGCUUUCCGUCGAAUUCCCGACCCGAACAAAAAAUGAUUUGGUAAGUUACUAUUUUAACGUUUUUAUCUACCGAAGACGUGCGAUUCAAAAUCGAUCACAAUUGUUGGCAAUAGACAGUGAUGAUGAUGAAUGGUGGGGAACCAAAAGAGGGUCAACAGAAAACGAAGAUUUUGUUGACCAUGGAGAUCAUGAUCAUGAUUCUGUAUCAGAAGAUGGUGAUAAUGUUAAAGAAAAUAAAUUAGUUAAAGAAGGCCCGUCAAGUAAUAUACACGAUAACAAAGUUACAAGUCAAAGUGAUCAAGAAAAGGAAAAGCCCGUGGUAGCACAGAAUGUCGGGUUAAAGUCCGAAUCGUAUUUGCAUUGGGACCCGCCAUAUUCGACAAUGGGUUCAACAAAAGGCGUUGAUCUGUUGCCCACGUGUAGCAUGAUCGAAGAGAUAUUCGGGUCUUCAGGCAAAAGUACUUGACAGUAUGCAAUUUUGUUCAUGCCAUGGUAAGUUAAAGAAUUCCAUUCCACUGUACAUUAAUUUUGUAAUAGGAAAUGUAUGUUGUUGUCUUCUCAAAUGGAGUUGGUAUCUUUUAUACGUUACUUUGGUGUAUCUUGGUCUUAAAAGAUGCAAAAGGUAGCAGUCUAUUUCUGACCCGAUCCGACAUGUUACGCUAACCCGACUGUUUGACCAGGUAUACCAAAAACUAGAAAGGGUCCAAAAAUCUGGGCCUGAUUGGUUCUACCAGGCCAUUUUUGGGUUUUCUUUUUGUUACCACACCAUGUCAAAUUGAUGUAAUCUUUUUAUUUUUUGUAAGUUUAUCUAAAAAGUACUAUUCAAUAAUAAAAAGGCUCUGUUAUUUAA